GAAAGUUGUAAUUACGAUUUUUGACUUGAUUGAUAUGAUGAUGAUAUUCUUGGAGUUGGAUCUAACAUAGUCAUAGGCUAACCUUGUCUACUGUCUGCGCCGCCAUAAAAAAAUAACCUGAUUUUUUCCCGUAUGGACAAGUUUUUAUAAACUUAUCUAUUUGUUUGAAAUCACCUCCGGUUAAAAAUCCGUUACUUUAGAGUUAGGAUUUGCUGAGAUAAACUAAACACAUUUAUAAACCAUGCUUGCUUGAAUCAUUAGAACGUACAGGAGACGCAUGUUUAGACCGUCCUUGCUUUCCUGCAAAUUUAAAAUGCUUGAGUCUUGUGAGUUGAUGGUAAAUGAAUUAUGAAGAAAGAAAAUGUUAUUCGGAUAUCGCCAAAAUAAUAUUUUUUUUUUUAACGUUUAAUGAUUUUUAAAAGAAUAGGAAAUUAGUCUUAUUCAAGUUAUUGCGGUAUUUAGAGACGAGUGUCAUCGGUAAUUGAAAUAAUUCCGGCCUGCUAUCUGAGACUAAAAGAGGAGUAACAAUUUGCAACAAAGAUGACUUCGCUUUGGGAGUUUCAUAAAUGUGUUUUCAUAAAAGAUGAUGUUUGAAAAUGGUGUGAUAGUCAUGUGUGCAGAAUUUCUUGAAGAUAUUUGCCAAUAAAGAUUUGAGUUGAGGAAGAUCAUUGAGCACAAAAAUAAAACAAAGUACACUGCCUCAGAAAGAGGAAACAAACAUAAAGCAAGACAUUCUCGUAGUAGAAGUUCAUCCAUUGACAGAGAACAUAGCUCACAUAGAAAACUAAACAAACACAAUGAUUCUGGUAAACACAGAGAUAGAAGUCAUAGAGAUGAUGAAGAGCAACAGUAUGAUCCUCAUAAAAGAAUUAAACAGGAAGCAGUUGAUAUGACACAACAGAGACGUGAUCGUAGACAAAAUGAUGAAAGACGAAAUAGAGCUCGCCGACAGAGAGAAGCGGAAGGUGUGGAUACGAAUUUUGGUCGACCUGAUCAAAAUGCACAGGAUCCUAACUCUCAACAAGUACCUGAAGAUAAAGCUAAACCAGACUUUAAACUGUCGGGUAAAUUAACAGAAGAUACAAAUACAUUUCGGGGUGUUGUUGUUAACUAUAAUGAACCUCCAGAGGCUCGUAAACCUAAAAAGAAGUGGCGAUUAUAUCCUUUUAAAGGAGACACAGAGUUACCUGUGUUACAUAUUCAUAGACAAAGUGCAUAUUUAGUAGGGCGUGAUAGAAGAGUAGCCGAUAUUCCUGUAGAUCAUCCAUCUUGUUCUAAACAACAUGCAGCACUUCAGUUCCGAUUGGUUGAAUAUAAACGCCAAGAGGACGGCUCUAAAGGAAGAAAGGUAAAGCCAUAUGUUAUUGAUUUGAACUCUGCCAAUGGCACUUAUGUAAACAAUCAAAAAAUUGAUGGACAGAGGUAUGUAGAAUUAUUUGAGAAAGAUGUGGUUAAAUUCGGUUAUAGUUCGAGAGAAUAUGUUAUAUUACAUGAUAAAGUUGAUACAUCUGAGUUACAAGAUGAAGAAGAAGAGGAUGAUUGAUGUGUGAUGUGUAAAUUGUUUAAACAAUCAUAUAUCAUAAUAUCAUCUGACCAGUGGUCGUAUUCUCGUACAUUUAAUGUAAAAAUCUGUGUACAUACUUUUUAGUACAGUCUAAUUUGUGAGACCACAUUACAUGUUUAGUAGGCCUAUCUGUAGGCUACACUAUUAGGGGUGAUGAUUUUCCGUGAUCGCGGAAAAAACGCGGAAAUCGCGGAAUUGUCCACUCAAAACGGAAUUUGAAAUCUCACACGGAAAAAGACGGAAAAGCCGAUAUUUGCUGAUACUUAACACAAACUCAAAAUAAUUUUGCAGUUAUCAAAGUAUUUCAUCUUUUUAUUCAUAAAAAUCGGAAAUAUUGAAUGAUAUCGCGUGGUUUUGUUACUGUCUAUUUUAGUAUUUCGCUACUUUCAUUUCAUCAUUUCAUUUAGGAAUCAUAAUUUUAAUCGAAACGAAAACCCGUCUUUCAUGUAUCCCAUUAUAAAAUUACUCUGUAGUUUAACUUGAAUUAAACAUUGUAAUGUAUAUAUAUGUCUUAAAAAAAACUUCUGUCACUUCAUAAAAGUAAAAAUCGUUUCAUUUACUUCUUAUUUUACUGCCGGGCUCGUGACUCGUGUUUAUCCGCAUUAACCACGUGACAUCAGAAAUAUACCGUAGCCUUGUGAAUCCAGCCCUUAUUCUCGAAGAAACGGUAGUAACUACGAAGAUGUCUGGAUAAAUCGCGACUACACCUAGCAGCUGAGAAAAAUGGCUUCGUCUGCUAAAAAGAUGAAACGAGCUCACAAGAUGUAAUUUUCUGUUAUUUAAUUCGGGAAACAGGUUUAAAGAAUAACUAGUCAUUGAACAUUACAAGUCAUUCACAAUUCAACAUUUGUUAUCAUUGGUUUAAAAUGAUCCGUUUUGUAAUAAAAGGCAUUUUAAGAUGUUUUAUUCAUUUAUUCAUAAAAUAACAUUUUAUCUCGAAAAAACGGAAUAUGGUCAGCUCUGAAACGGAAAAUAACGGAAUUAAAAAUACUUUAAACGGAAUUUGCUAUUUUCUGAAACGGAAAAUCAUCACCCCUACACUAUAUAUACAUUCUAGACACCAUCCUUAUCCGUAGCCAAAAUCAAGUAUAGAUAUUGUAAUAAUUUAUUGUACUGAACUGUCCACACCAUCAUCUGUCUUGCAAUGUUAUGUGGAAAUGUAUAUACUGUUUGUUCAUUCUUUCAGGAUGCCACAUGGCACACAAUCAUAAUCAUUCAUUCAUGUAUGAAGAUAAUUAUCGAAUUACCAUUCCAUUAAGAAUUUUAGUCAUAGGAAUUAUACAUUUAUGUUGAAGUGCUGUGUAGCCCAGGAUGUCUUAUUGGUUAAAGGAUAUUAGGGGCUCCUAAUUAGUCUAAAUGUGUACAAUUUAUAUACAUUGUUUAAUCUGAUAUGAAGGAAUCAUGAACUGGAUUUUCAUAAAUCCUAACCCUGUACUGUUUUGUAAAUAAAUAUAUGUAAAAUUAAAACCAGUUUUAUAUGAUAAUCUGGGUAAAAUAAAAAAUUUCACCACUCUGCUACAAA